AUGCUGCGAUCGGUAGUGCUCGGCGGCCGCCGUGGCGGCGCCGCCGCCUCCGCCUACACGGCGAUGGGGUUUGGUCGUGGGGACCCUGGUCCUUGCAGGGCCUCCGUGCUUGCUCCUGGCCCUCCUCUGGAUCAUGGCCGGGAGUCGUCGUGCCCCCCCCGGUCCAGCGUGUUCCAACCCCUGGGUUCGACGCGGCAUUUUCUCGACUUCUACCAGGUAGGUCGGCUGGCUAGCUCUCUACCCUAGUUCUCUUCUCCUUGCCUGGUUUUUUGCAUUUUCUUGGGGGCGAGGCCACUCGAUCGGAGUCAACUGACUGCUGGAGUGUCUGUGCAAGCAGGUCAUCAACAAAGCUGCGAUCGAGAAGGAGCGGGAAAGGCUGUAAGUAGUGUGUUACUAGUAAAUUUUUCAUGAAUUCCUCGCUCACCUUUCGAUGCGAGCCCUCUCUUCAGUACAUAUUCUUUUUCUAGUAAAAAUGUUCAGUGAAUGAUUCAUCUAUUCAGUUGGUUGAACUCGCUUUAGAUGUGGGGUCGUGACAUUGUCUGGACGUCUUGUUAAGGAUGAUCCCAUCUGCUUCUGCUUAUUCAAUUGUUUCAACUUUUCGACAAGCCAGGGCUGGAAUUCAAUUGUUAUAAAGGCUUGAAAAUUUCAAAAUCCCCUUAUUCCAUGUGAUCGCGUCUUUUCAUAUAUCGUCCUGAAAAUUUCAAAAAUUUGGGAGGGCUUGCAUUAGUAGGUGAAUGAUACGGGUUGUAAAUUGCUUCCCCUUGGUUCACUUGCGUUGAGGCCCCAUUUGGUAUCCCAAUUGAGACCGAUUUUUGAGUGGCCUCUUCAAAGACAGUUUAAGGACAAGUAAAUACUGACGAAUAUAGGAAGAGCGGUUGUCAGAUAUAAUUGAUCAUCAGUGUAAGUGUUUCUCUUAAAGAAAAAGAAUUACGGUCUCUAAAUGAAGAAAUUGUGAUGGGAGGGUAGCAUCCUGAAUCUUGGCCUAUAAAUCAUGUAUUUGAAAACUCUAGAUUAUCUGAAGUUCCAAAGGAUAAUGAGUUCACAGGAAAAAGGAAACUCAAGCUGGUGCGGUAUAACAAGCAGAACAGACACGUUGCACUCCUUUAAUGGAAUAUGUUGUUCUGUCCAUCUUAUAAUCACGCAAUUCUUUAAGUUAAAGUGAAUCUCUUUCGAUAUUUCCAGGAUUUCGUAAAAAUAUGUUAUAAUAUGAUUGGUUAUGAGGAUAAUAAAUGAUCGCUUGUGCAUCAUAUUAUCAGCAAUAGAAUUUUAGAUGGACAUUACAUUUAUUGGCUUCUGACUCGAAAGUACACGUCACGUCAUGUGCUUGCAUUUAAAUCAGUCAUGGGCGAGUGGCUUCAUGUCGCUGCUUGGUCCCAUUGGUUGCUACUGCCUAUUGUCUGUGCCACAAUAGAUGAAACUGAAAAACGGUUCACGCUACAUCUUGAAAAGGCAACAACUUGAAAUUUGAAUGGCAUUUAUUUCUGUAUUAAGUUUAAUAUACGGGAACGUGGUUUGAUAUGAUUAUUCAGCACAUACCUUUGGCAUAAUUUUUUAGAAAAACUUUUGUUCUACUGAUGCGUACAGUACCUCACUCUUUUCUCUAUGCCUUAAAGUUGAAUAUUGUUGAUUUUAUAAAUGUUUGUGAUCUGUUGUCUGUUAUUUAGUGCAGUUCAGAUGAAUUGAAUAGAGGGUAUUUUGCUGACAUUCAGGAGUUUAGUAAACAUGGUGGUAAGGUGAGAAUGUGAUCCUAGAAAAUGAUUUAUCGUGGACAUCAAUGUAUAAUUAUAUGCAUGCGCAACAUAUCCAAAUAUCGUUGGGAAACUAUUCCUUUCUCAUGAAUAUUCUAAGUAGGUCAAGAAGCUUGAAAAGCUGUGUCUGGUUCUCCUGCCGGGCUUGCCUCACACCAUACAUUUGAUGUGAUUUCCGGAACCAAAAAGAUUUUUACAUGUGGUCUUUGGAAGUCGUAAUAUUUUUCUCAUUCAACCAGACCUCUUCUGGCUUCUGGACACAUCAAGAAGUCUGUGUUUUUUCGGUGGCUAGUGGGCGCUCUACUCUGUCAACUCUGAAGUUGUUGUCCCUCGUUCCCUGGCGAUUGGGUCUACUCUCAGUAGGCUUUACAGCUUUUCAUGGGCCCUGGUAAAGUUUAGAGCAGAAAAAAAGAGAAGGCUUAGAAUUUGUUACUUUUUACUUUCUAAGUUCCAAGUAUUGCUCAUCUUAACAUUUAAUUUUAAAAAAAUAUUUCCGGGAGACAACAAUUGAUCGCGUCUGUAUGUAUGUAUAUAUAUUUUAUCGUGUCAAUUCUUAAAUCACACUUUUCUACAAAGCAUAAUUCAAAUUUCAUUAAAUUGUCUACAUCCAAGAUCCCCUGAGAUUGACAAUAAAAAUCAAAGAUAAAAAACUAGUCUAUCAUGGUGGGCAUUGGAAGGGUGAAUAUAUGUUGAGUCCUUGCUUGCACAAUCUUGCACAAUCUUGCCCUAAUAUUUUGUCAACCCUUUUCCUCAAGAUCCUUUUCUUAAAGUCAGUGGGUGCUAAUGUGCUUGCGGGUGAAGAAAGAAGGUGUCUUUUCAUCUGAUAGGACUUUGGUCGUUUUAUUCUCUUAGACCUUUUCCUUCUCUAUUUUUAAUUUCAUUUAUUACCUCCUAGUCACUUUUUUUUCUGUCUGCACCAUUUCCUUUUUGUUCCUUAUAUUCUUUGCACUACGUUUUUAAUACAUUUUCCCUCUCUUUGGUAUUGUUUUAUUUUUCUCAGUUUCCAAUAUUAAGAUGAAAGCUCCUCUGAAUUAGAUUUUCUGUGAAGAAAAUAUUAGACUCUGAUUCAGGAAUGAUCAUUAAACUCUGGUAUAGUUGCCUCGCCUUGACCGGCUUGGUUUCCUUGUCAAGGAAUUGAAAUGUUAUUUCGUUUGGUUUCAUCUGAAUAUCUCUGACAAUAAUUUGAAUUUUUUAUGGACCUCUACAGAUUGCAGCAGCAAAUAAAACUAUCAUCCCACCCAUGGUAGCCAUGAAGUUUCCCGAUUUGGAAACAAAUUUCUCUGAUGGAAGGAAUCUUACACUACCAAUUCGUUCAAUAGAUGGUGGAAAUCAUGUCAGUGAAAUGGCUAAUCCAAAUGCAACGUUGUUGUGCUUGUCCUUUCGAGCUAGUUCUCAGGUUUGUAAAUUCCUGUUUUCCGUGAUGAAAUUUUGUAUUCUAUUCGAAUUUAAUUUAUAAUUAGCGUAAUCUUCAUCAAGACUCGGAUGAUAGGGAGGAUUUUUUAUCAGACCAUAGAACUUGUGCUUGUUAAUGCCAGAAUUUUUAUUAAUUCGUCAUUUAUAUUGGAAAUAUGACAAGAAGCUUGUCGUUCUCUCUGAUGUGACGUCUGUGCUCUGGAUUUAAGGAUAAUAUCAACUUUAUGUCGGAUUAAUCGGACAGUUAUGUUGGAAUUUUCACAUUGGUCUCAUUUUAAUCGUCAUUUUAAAUUUGUUCACUUUUGCAACUGCUCCUAAUAUGUAAGAAAUAGGGCAGUGCCUGGUGUAGUGUUCUUCAACGUGAAUUGAACUUGCUUUUUCAUUUAUGCUAAACUGUGAACUGAACUGGAUUUGGCUUGGGGUCGACUUCAAACCAUGGAACCGUUGUUAGAAGGCACGAAGUCUAAAAGAUGAAAUAUAGAGUAUCUUGCCUUCUGAUAGGACAAAACUAUCAAGUGAGAAAAUUGUUAGUCUUAUGAAAAAAAUAUGGUUUAUGUACCAAGUUAAAAUUUUUAUCCGUUAAUUGAUAUUUAUAUGGGCAAAUGCAAUUCCAAAUGUCAAAUAUUUGGACUAUUGGGCAAAGACUACAUUCAUGAAAUACACAGAAAACAUCAAGAAAAUGUUCGGAUUAUUUCCCCUCCGCUUCUUAUGCAUAAAUCUUGCAUUUCUGAUAUGCCUAAGCAUGAAGGUAAUAAACAGGAGAAAAGCUUUUUUCUGAGGGACGUAGCAUGCAGAUUUGUUCCAUUUAGCUCACGGAGCAGCAAACCAACACAUAACAAGAGUUCUGUUCCAUUAAACCUGUGUAUAUGGAAGUUGAGGAUGUCAUAUCUUUGAUUUCUGAUAUGCCUUAUUAUGAUACAUUUUCUAUUUUUUUUAAUAUUAGGACGCCACUUGUUGGCCUGGUUACAUCAUUCGCUUGCGCAAUAAAUGAAUGUCAAUUGGUCGAGGUCCUCUGUUUUCAAGAAUGAAUGUCCACUGGGUGAGUUGGUGACAACAGAAAUAAACAUCUAGGCGGCUGUCAUUUGGUGAAAACAGUUGAAAAUCUCCACUGGUUGACAAAACCUGGUGAUGAGACGUGUGGUCAAAGCUCUACUCUCAAGCGCAAAAGUCUUACUUCGAGUGGUAUUCUGAGCUGCAUAUCUGACGAACCGUCUACUUUGAGCUUAAAUGGUCCAGAAUAGACCUACUACUUUCAUCUCAGCUCUUAGAUAGCAGAGCCUGAGAUUUCCAGCCCAUUUUUGUACGUUGACCUGAACUAUGCUUAUAAAUAAAGGGAUAUAUGUUGAUUUUUCUUUGCAGUUUUAUCCAGCUGUGCUCUUAUCAUUGCUUCUUUGACCUCUCUGCCCCAACUUCCUUGCUUUAUUUUCUUCAUUCAGUAAUUUUGUGUUCUCAUACUGGGCUGGAUAUUCAUAUGAGCCGAGCUUGUUGUGGGUCAACCUGAGCUGAUCAACAAAAACACCAUUUGACUUGUUGAAGUUUGUCUCCGAAAAAUGUACGUAAUUAUGUGAUUUUCUUGACAAUAACCAGAUGAAAGCCAAUCAUGCUUCUUUUGUUGAUAUCUGCACCCAGCUACGAGCUUUCAGUUGCCGAAAAUGGAGAAUGCUUGCUGGUUUCGGUUCAUCUCUUGCUUGUGUAUUCAUCUUCGUCGUCUACCUUUCAACAGGUGAUGACCGAAUCAUGGAGUGAAGCAUUCAUGAACGCCUUUGCUGCUUCGGGAAAGGUUCACAUAUACGAGGUUUUGUUCCUUCCAUCAUAAUCUCUGCUCAUAGUCUCUCAUGAACCAGACAAGCUUGCUCCAUGGAGAGAGAGAGAGAGAGAGAGAGAGAGAGAGAGGGAGAGGGAGGGGAAGGGAAGGAGGGUUUUGUGUCUGCACAAAUCCGGUGUUCAUUCCCAUCCAGAGGAGCAUUGAACCGGGGUUUAUUAAAGUCAAAGCGACCCGUCCCUCUCUCUAAAUCCUGAUUGAGGAAGUCUAUAUAUAGCUGGCCUGUCCUUCCGAUUAUUAUCUUGAUCAGAGGUGCUUUCCACCAUCAUGUGGAGAGGGCUGACGACUGGGUCCUUAGAUUUGAUUGAUAUAUUUUAUUUCCCGAUCUGUGUUUUUUUGCAGUCAAAAAAGAAAAUUUUUUACUACAUUUUUUCUUUUUCUGGGCCGGAAACUAUAAAAAGAUGAUCAUUUGGGUGGGUUUUCUCAAUAAAUGCUUUCCAACAUUCUUGGAACACCUCUGCUGCUCAGGUCUCGUUGAUAGAUUCCUGGUUCCUGUCUCUGAGUCCGAUGAAGAGGCUGAUGCUGCGCGUGAUGAAGAAGUCAACGUGUCCCCAGAGGGAGAGGGUUUACUCCUUUGGGGAUCACUACGACUUCAGAAAGAAGCUGAAGAUACUGAACCUUCUCUCCGGGUGAGAAAGAUCCCCUCCGAGUGUUCGAGAAGAAUGAUGAACACUCGGCCUGUUCUUCAGCGGUUGACUUUCUUCCUGUCCCCAUUCUGCAGGUACAUCUUUCUAUUGGACAAGCUCGGCAGAAUUCGGUGGCAGGGUUUUGGGUUGGCCACGGAGGAGGAGCUGUCUUCGCUCUUCGCCUGCACCUCCCACCUUCUUGGGGAGAAGUGA